AUGUUUCAAAAAAUAUUGACACCGUGUGAAAAUUUGGAAUCGCUCAAAUGUUCUCGGACAAUCCGUAUUGCGAUCCGUGACGAUCACAAGCCUGACAUUCUGAAGUUGUCUAAGCUGGGUAUAAUUAAUUAUCAAGUGGAAUUCCGUCAGCAGAAGUGCAAUUGGCCAGAAGAUAUCAGACAUCAGUGUAUAUGGGGCGCUGCAAAUGAAUUGCAACUGCUAAACAAUUUGGAACUUUCUUUUAUGAUUUUGUUGUGCGUUCUUUCUGUUGUAUGCAGUAUAAUUCUUUACUUCUGCAUUACUCGAAGGCGAGAAACGAAGAUAACUGAGCUUAAAAUCGGAGAAGGAAAUUCUGAUUCGCAGUCAAGUUCGGAUAAUUCUCAAAAUUCCGAAUCGGAAUCGUCUGAACAUCGCAUGAACCUCGGAAAAUCAAUGAAAACAAAUGACGAUGGUGAAAACGAAUGCAGGUUAGAAGAAAUCAGCAGUAAUUCUGCUGAUGCAAAGAACAAAAUGAAUGAAAACGAGGACGCUGAAAUCCCAAAAAAGAAGAAAAAAGAAAGACUUAACUCGAGUUAAAAAAACAAAAAUGUCAUGAGUUAAUUGUUCAAAAUAUUCUGAGCACUUUCGCAUCGGAGAGUGCUAUAUUUAAAGCAAACUUAAUACUAAUCCAAACUUUAAACGGACGUGCAUGUUUUAAAGUGCUCGUGAAUUACGGAAAACAGCAUAUGAAAACUCGGAUUAAUCGAGCCAUUAUUGUGCUCACAUCAAUUUGUUUUGAGUAAAAUUGUAUUCUGAUGUAUAUACAGACAAUCAAGCAAAUAGUGAUUAAACACAAAAUCUUUUUGUAUGGUGGUAUGGCGCUGUGAUAUCACGGAUGACUAUUAUAACGCAUGCGACAGAUUUUUGAGUUCCCGAUGAAAACCCCAAUAUUGUUCUUCAUACCAAAAACUUCAGAACAUGCGUCAGUGACGUAGUAUUCCAACGGUGGGCAAACCGCGGCUCGUCGGAGUUUCAAAGCGGCUCUAUUAUUAUCCAAAGUUAAAUAAGAGAAACUGCAGCGCAACAGUUAUUUUUUUUAAUUCAUUAAGCGUUUAAAGAAUAUAUACUUUGCAAUAUUGUUAUUAUACGUUUGUGUAAAGUUCUUUUCAGUUCACGCUAUUCUAAUAUUAUUAAUUUCAAAAAUUAUGCGGCUUUCACAUAUUUCUGACUUGCUGCAUGCGGCUCUUAUACUAAACAUUUUUGCUCACCCCUGUAGUUUUCUAAGCAAUUUUAAAGAUUCUAUGAUAGACUUAUGAUU